CGUUAACGUGUAUUUGGAAGUCUCGUCUCUGUUAUUCCUUUGUCUAUUUCAUCAUCUCCAUUUGAAAAGAGAAAUAGCUGCACUGAGAAUAGAAAACAAUAAACUCAAGGUGAAUAGCCUUUGCAUUUGAUUAUUCUCUAAGUUCAUCUUAUAGUGUUUCGAGUGCUUUUGCAUUCCUAAUUCAUGUAAUGAGAAGGUAGGCCCUCCUUGAAAGCAUCCAAAAUUUUGUUAGUAGAGACUCAUUCAUCUCGUGGUGAUGAGGUUCAGUCAUCAUCUGUAUCUCCAGGAAAAGAAGCGAUGGAGAGAUCGUUACAAAAACUUGAAAAUGAUUUGAAGGAAACAUGUAGAGAAAAGGACAAAGCAUGGUUAGAACUGAACCGUCUUAAGCAACACUUGCUAGAGAAGGAAUCUGAAGAAUCAGAGAAAAUGGAUGAAGACAACAAAGUUAUUGAAGAAUUACAACAAAAAUGUGAAUUUCAACAAGCUCAAAUAUUACACUUGGAGAAAGCUCUUAAGCAGGCAGUUGGUAGUUUGGAAGAAGUCAAGAUUUGCAAUGAUAAAGAACUUAAAAAGUCAAAGGAAACAGUUGACGAGCUGAAUAGAAAACUCGCAAGCUGUUUGAGCACCAUAGAAGCCAAAAACAUUGAAGUCCUUAACCUGCAAACUGCACUUGGCCAGUACUAUGCAGAAAUGGAAGCUAAGGAACGCAUGGCAGAAGAUUUGACAGCAUUGAAGGAAGAGUCAUCUAGACUUUCUGGGCUUCUGAAGGAUGCAUAUGAGCAGUCAAACACCUUGAGCAGGGAUAAGGAAGAAGUAUUAAUAAAGCUCUCGGAAGCGGAAAAGAGGUUUGCUGAUGGGAAGAACCGAAUGAAUAAGCUUGAGCAGGACAAUGAAAAACUACGCCGUGCUCUUGAACAGAGCAUGACCAGGCUAAACAGGAUGUCUUUAGACUCUGACAAUUAUGUUGACAGGCGAAUUGUGGUCAAGUUACUAGUGACCUACUUCCAAAGAAACCACAGCAAAGAGGUUUUGGAGUUGAUGGUGCGCAUGUUGGGAUUUUCUGAGGAAGAUAAACAGAGAAUGGGGUGUGGUUCGGGACAACAAGGAUCAGGGGGAAAAGGGGUGGUGAGGGGCAUGUUUGGUCUACCGGGGCGGCUAGUAGGCGGCAUUUUAGGAGGGGGUGGAGAUUCCAACCCCCCUGCUGGUAGUAUGACAUCAGAUGACCAGUCGUUUGCAGAUCUAUGGGUUGAUUUUCUUCUCAAGGAGACGGAGGAAAGAGAGAAGAGAGAAGGUGGGAGAGGAGGAGGUGGCAGUGCCGGAGAAGCUUCUUCUUCUUCUUCUUCUUCUUCUUCUUCGGCUGCUGCUGCUCCCUUUUCGUCGUCUUCCAGAGGGAGUUUGAAGCAGCAGCAGCAGUCAGAGUCUGAGUUCUCAACUGUGCCUCUUACCUCUUCUGAAUCAACAAAUCACUACUUCUCUCCCUUCUCAACACCGCCACCGAGAUAUUAAAACAACAAAUGUACAGUACGUGUGUCUCAUCCAAUCAUGUUUCAUUUCCAAUCUCUUCUUUCUUUUUACACACAUAGUAUGCUGUGGUAGAGUAUAUAGUAAUGAAAAACCAUUCUUUAUUUAUUAUAAUUGUUGUUAUUUCAUUUGUGUAACAAUAGAAAACCACACAUCAU